UUAUUACCUUCUGACGUGGACGUCCAUAGGCCUUCAGCCAUCUCGUUAUUUGUUAAGGAGAGAAUCCUUCUUGUUACUUGUAACACUUGUUAUCAUAUAGAAUGCCGGCGGAUAGCUUCCGUUAUAUGGGAACGGACGUUAGUGAUAGAAGUUCGUAUCAGCUAUUUGUGUGUUUCCGAGAAAAAAGCCUGA